AUGGGUGCUGAGGUGGGCAAUGGCAACGGGCAUCGGGCGUCGCUAACCGUCAAAAACAACCCCGGCCGUAGUGACGCGGGGGGGUCUUCAGCAAGUUCACCUGCGGGUUCUCCGACUAUCCCAUGCCCGACAGUGAGUCUAAUCAGAUACCCAGACGAAAAAGAAAAAGAACGAACCGACCAGGCAACGAACCAGAAUCCCCGACGUACAUGUAGCCCUAGCAAGUUCAAAGACAAAAAAGUGCUCGUGAUGGGGCUGAGCAGCACGGCCGGCGACAUCCUCCCAACAACAAUCCCGGUCGCCGCAGCCGUGCACGUGUCGCACCGGCGCGGCGUGCUGCCGUUCAAGCGGUACCUGCGCGGCAAGCCCAUCGACCUGUACUCGACGUGGCGCAGGCGGCAGAUGGGACAGGCCCUGGCGCGGUGGGCGCCGGGGGUCGCGCGGCGCGUCGUCGACAGGGCCAUCACCGGCAUGGCGCGCGCCUCGUUCCCGUUCCCGCUCCCGCUCGACAACCCGGCCUGGGGCUUCGAGCCGUUCCCGUCGCCGAGCUACGCGCUGCCGGCGUCGUUCGAGCUCGCGCUUCCGUAUAUCCGCGAUGGCAGCCUCGGGCUGCUGCCGGGCGUGCGGCGGUUCGUCGGGCCCAAGGAUAUUAAGUUUGCUGACGGCACUGUGCUGGAUGACGUCGAUUCUGUGAUCCUGUGCACGGGCUACUCGGCCGACUGGGCCUUGUCGGCGCCGUUCAUGGAGACUGCCGGCGCAGGCCCGCCGAAGCAGCCGCGGCUGUACCUCAACAUGUUCCCGCCGGCGUACGCCGACAGCUGCGUGGUGCAGACGCACUGCCUGUUCGGCAAGAACAACGGGUUCAACUUUGGCGACGUGACGGCGUGGGCGGUUGGCAACCUGUGGCGCGGUACUGUCACAGCACCGUCGCACGCGGCCAUGGAGGCCCAGGUCGACGGGCACCACGCGUGGCUGGCGGCGCGCUGGGACGAGGACCAGCACUGCGACCUCAGCGCCGUGCGCCAGUGGGAGUACCAGCAGUGGAUUCACGGCGCGGCGGGGACUAGCAUGGAGAACCUCGGCUAG